AUGCCGAGAGACAUGCAACAGGAUGCUGUGCGCAUAGCCACCCAGGCACUGGAGAAGUUCCAACGUGGAAAGGACAUUGCGUUCUACAUCCAGGACAAGUUCCGCGAGAAGUACAAUCCGUUUUGGCAGUGCAUCGUGGGGACCAACUUCGACUUGUAUGUGCAUUAUAGAAUAAGGUGUCAUAUAGACUUCCAGCUAGGCCAUAUGAGAAUCCUGCUCUUCAAGGCACUCGGCAGUGCCAAGGCGAUAUCUGCCGGCAGUUCCACGGAAAUAUCUGUCGGCGGUUACGGCUUGUCUUUUCAUGAUGAAUAUUGUGAAUUGUGCGGAGUCCGAGGAGCAGCUGCCAGCGGCAGUGUUCAGGGUGGCACCGCACAAAUCGUGGGUGGGACGGCCGCCACACCGCUCGAGUUCCCCUGGCAGAUCUCUCUCCGCGUCAUCCGCCUCCCGAACACCGAUCUCCGCCACAUCUGCGGCGGUUCCAUCAUCAACAAGCAAUACGUCGACACGGCGGCUCACUGCAUCCUAGAGGAAUCUCCGUCGAACUAUAUUGUUGUGAUUGGCGACCAAAACCUCAACGUGGUAGAUCCCUACGAGCAAAGAAUCGCAGUGGCGAACAUCACGAUUCAUUCGCAAUGGAACCCUUCCACCCUGAACUACGAUUACGCCUUGCUGAAGCUGGCGAGACCGCUCAACUUCACGGGAAGCGAGAAGGCACUCAUGCCCAUCUGCCUUCCGACGCCCAACCAGGAAUUCGACGGAAUGACCUGCACCGCCAGCGGAUGGGGACUCACGAAAGACAGGACCCAGGGUGGAAACAUAUCCCAAUCUCUUCAGAAGGUUGAUUUGCCCAUCGUGGCUUACGGAGCCUGCCGCUCUUACUACCGUCUUUCUAAUAUUGUUGUACAAAACACCAUGAUCUGUGCCGGUCCCGAAUUCGGCGGAAAAGGAACCUGUCAGGGCGACUCCGGGGGGCCCCUGCAGUGCGCCAGGUCGGACGGCCGCUACGUGCUGGCCGGAAGUGUGUCGUGGGGCUCGAAGUGUGCGGCACGCAGGCAGCCCUCUGUGUUAGCGAGAAUCUCUACCCAGGUCGCCUGGAUCAGUAGCAUCGCCGGCCCGACGCCGUGA